AAAAUGCAGUCUGGCCACGACAUUGGUGCUAUACAUAAGGAACAUGAGGCAGAAAUGGAGGAUAUACGGCAUGAGAUUCUCUCCCUCUCCCAGAAGUACUCUAUCAAAUGCCUUGAGUCUGCUGCACUUGAGGAGAAAGUAGAGAUCCUCACUAAGCAGCUGACAGAUGCUAACAAACAAUUGUUUGAUUUAGAAGCCCGUAACAAGCAGCUCAAGGCUCACUUGUCUGCUCAAGUCUCACAACUCCAGGAUGACUCUGGGAGAGACACAACCACUCGGCUCCGUCUACGCGAGAGUGAGUUGGUUCUGCGUAAUGAGGAGAUUGCACGACUCACCCAGCAGCUGCAACAAGCUCAAUCACAUGAGGCCGACCUGGGUGACCUCUGCCGUCAACUGGGCCACUUCCUGAAAGCAGAGCGACAGUUGAGGACCGACGAAGUAUGCGCUCUUAGAGAAAAGCUUGAGCACAUCAUUCUCACCGCAGCCAACAUGCAAGAACAACAGAGGGACACCAACUCGGAAGGCAGUACAGAGGAUAAAUCUCCAGUGCGGAGAGGUGAAGGUUUAAGUGUAACACACAGUAAAGAGUUGAUGAGAUCUCCCAGUUGCCCCCGUCUUUCUGGAUUCUCGUCUUUUUUAUCGGUUGGCCCCUCUCAGGGGGGAGCGGGGCCACCAUCUCAAAAAUCAACGGACCUUCCCUCUCCCCUGGCAGGGAUGGUCGCCUCACGAAAGAAAGUAUUCGAGACACAAAAGACAUUCACAGAGAACCUGUAAGUGAAGUGGAAAAUGUAGAGCAGCUGGAAGGAAUUGUAGAACAUUUAGAUGAAAUCCAAGAAGAUGGGAAUAUAAAAGGUUUAGAGUGUUUGCAAGUGGAAUUAGCAGAUAAUGAUCAUGUAAAUAGUACAAUUAAUCAAGAAGAAAAAGGUCCUGGCGUAGUGCAGAAAAUGGUUCUUAAAUUCAGUAAGCAUGGCCCAAAACAGGUACCCUUUCUUACACGACGGAACACUGUUGCUCGAUGCACCAACAUUGUAAAUGACGUUAAACAAGGAAAGCACGAUCUUCUUCGGCGAAACAUCGAGAGCCAGCACGUUGUUUGGGAUUAUAAUGUGACUGGUGCUGAUGCAGCUACGGACCUUGAGUUCUCAUUGCUCAUGGAACGUAUGAAUGUCUUAAACACAGCAUCAUAUGAUAAAACUCGUGCCAAGAAAGAUACCACUGAAGGGUCUUCAUCCCUUAAUCGUCAGUCAUCAUCUAGGAAAUCUUUACCUGCUGGUGCCUUAAAAUCAUACAUGAGAGGCACUAAAGUAUCUGUCUUGAAAACAAGAGAGGGUAGUAUACCUCCAAGUAUUGAAGAAGAAGACAGAAGUGAAUUGAGAAGAAACUCGCCAUCUCGAGGAUCUCCUUCGUCUAGUGGUAGGAUGAACAAAGCGAGUCACUUGCAGCAACCUUCUUUACAGUCUAAAAUUGCCACAUCCAUUAGAUCUGAUAGCAUAAUGAAAAGUGGUCGCUCGUGUCCUGAGGGCAAUGAGACUGUACAAAGAAAAAGAACAGUCACUGUGAAACCCAGUAUUCCACCUGUUUUAUUAAAAGGCACAAGUAAAGCAAUCACUGAAGAGUCUACUACUGCUAUCCUAGCACUUAAUCGUGACAAGGCUUGGUCAACUCCUCAGCGUCACUUAUUAGGUGGUCAAUGUGAGGAAAAAUGUAAUCAUUGUUUACUUGUCGACCUCUGGUUCACCAUUUGGCACGUCGAGUUCAACAAAAAGUAAACUGCGCAAAGAAAAUACUUUUCUUUUUUUUUUAGUCUGGCUUGUCAAGUAUUAUAAUUAUAUAAUCACUUUUAUUUUGUUGUAUUAUGUCGGAAAUUAGGUAUUUGCUUGAAGAUAUUAACUAACAUCAUUUUAUUACUGUUGUGACAGUAUAAUGUCAGUCUCAUGUUAUCCACUGACAAGCCUAGGUGGAGAUUUGUUCCAUAAGCAUAUGCCAUUUUACUAAACUGUAUUUUGCAAGAUAUACUAAUGGUUUUUUCUUACAUUGUUGAUCUCUGUUGGUCCUACGUUUGAUAGAUGGUUUGUGUGAUGUCUACCCAAGUAUUUAUUGUAGUGCUAUUUAUUUGGCUUAUAGCCAAGUUUCAUCAAAAAAUUUGCAGGGAUUGAAAUACUAUGUUGAGUAUUGUAUGUUGUCUGACUAAUGGGGAUGUGUAUAUUGUUUAAAGUGUUUUUAUCUUGCUUACUAAUAUGUAGUAACCCAGCCAUUGUACAUGUUCUGUACAGCCAUCUCCUAGUUAUAUCAAAGGUCUAUCAAUGAACAAAAUGUCUAUAUAUUUUAAAUAAAUAAUUGAACAUU